GGUGGAAGAAGAGAUUAAGAUAAAGAGAUGUUGAAAGGGUGAGACUGUCUCAGUGCACGAGAGGAACUAAAGCAAGCCAGUCAGAUCUUCUAAGAAAGGAUGGCUGUUAUUGAUGCCGUGCUGGAUCGUCUGCUAGAUGAACUCCUGGGUCUGGGUCGUCUCCUGUCUCCUCUUUGCUCCCUCUCUGUUCUCCUCCAGCUCUCUGCUCUGGUUGUCCUCCUCCUCCUGUCCCUCCGUGUCGUCUGUCUGCUGUGGAGCCAUGCUCAGUUCACCAGACGUCUCCGGUGCUUCAGUAAACCCCCCACACAAAACUGGCUGAUGGGACACCUGGGAGAGAUGAGGAGCACGGAGGAAGGCCUGCAGGCAGUGGAUCAGCUAGUAAGAACCUACAGCCACUCCUGCUCCUGGUUUCUGGGCCCCUUCUACUCCCUGGUACGACUCUUCCACCCUGACUACAUCAAGCCUCUGCUGCUGGCACCAGCUUCCAUCACAGUCAAAGAUGAGCUUUUCUAUGGGUUCCUGAGACCAUGGCUGGGACAGAGUCUUCUCCUGAGUAACGGAGAGGACUGGUCUCGUCGUAGACGUCUACUCACUCCUGCAUUCCACUUCGACAUCCUCAAGAACUAUGUGAAGAUCUUCAACCACUCCUCCGACAUCAUGCAUUCUAAGUGGCGCCGCCUGGUGGCCGAGGGAGAGAGCUGCCAGGACAUGUUCAGUCACAUCAGCCUGAUGACUCUGGACAGUCUGCUCAGAUGUACCUUCAGCUACAACAGCAACUGCCAAGAGAGUUCCAGUGAGUACAUUGCAGCCAUUUUUGAGCUGAGUACCCUGGUGAUUGAGCGGAGAGGACGUAUCCUGCACCACUGGGACUGUCUGUACUGGAGGUCCCCAGAGGGACAGCGCUUCAAACAGGCCUGUAGUGUAGUACACGGGUUCACCAGGACUGUUGUCCAGGAGCGCAGAGCACAGCUUCUCCACCGGGGGGAGCCAGAGAGCCACACUGACACCACAGGAGGGGAGGAGGAGAAGAAGAAGAAAAGAGUAGCAGAUUUCAUUGAUUUGUUACUGCUGUCAAAGGAUGAGGAUGGUCAUGGUCUCACAGAUGAGGAGAUAAAAGCAGAGGCAGACACUUUCAUGUUUGGAGGUCAUGACACCACGGCCAGCGGGAUCAGCUGGGUUCUGUAUAACCUGUCUCAGCAUCAGGACUACCAGGACCGCUGUAGAGCCGAGGUCAACGACCUGCUACAAGACCGAAAGACAGAGGACUUAGACUGGGAGGACCUGAGCAGCCUCCCCUUCACCACCAUGUGUAUUAAAGAGUCUCUGAGACUGCACUCCCCCGUGUCUGCUGUCACCAGACAAUACACGAAGGACAUGGCGGUGCCAGGUGGACGGGUCAUACCACAGGGUAGCAUCUGUCUGGUGAGCAUCUAUGGGACCCAUCACAACCCUGAGAUCUGGCCUGACCCAGACGUCUACAACCCCAUGCGCUUCGACCCUGAGAACUCAAAGGGCCGUUCAUCCCAUGCCUUCAUACCUUUCUCUUCGGGACCUAGGAACUGUAUAGGUCAGAAGUUUGCCAUGGCGGAGCUGCGUGUGGUGGUGGCACUGACCUUGAGGAGGUUCCGUUUGACCCCAGGGGGGGUGGAGGUGAGGAGGCUACCCCAUCUGGUGCUCAGGGCCGAGGGGGGGCUGUGGCUGACGCUGGAGACCCUAGAAGCACCCCAGGACUAACCCCUGAACUCCUCUCUCCUCUAUGGAUCAGACAGAGAAAACUGAUUUUAUGACUUUACUGUAUUAACAUACGCUGAGUAUACGAAACGUUAAGAACAGCUUAACACAGUAAAAUACAUAGGCCUAAAGCCGACAAAUAAACAGUAAAAUACAUAGGCCUAAAGCCGACAAAUAAACAAUAGAAUACAUAGAGGCCUAAAGCCGACAAAUAAACAGUAAAAUACAUAGGUCUAAAGCCAACAACAUGAAAACAAUAGAAUACAUAGAGGUCUAAAGCAGACAAAAUGAACACAAUAGAAUACAUGGGCCUAAAGCCGACAAAAUGAAAACAAUAGAAUACAUAGAGGCCUAAAGCCGACAAAAUUAACACAAUAGAAUACAUGGGCCUAAAGCCGACAAAAUGAAAACAAUAGAAUACAUAGAGGCCUAAAGCCGACAAAAUGAAAACAAUAGAAUACAUAGAGGCCUAAAGCCGACAAAAUGAAAACAAUAGAAUACAUAGGUCUAAAGCCGACAAAAUGAAAACAAUAGAAUACAUAGAGGCCUAAAGCCGACAAAAUGAAAACAAUAGAAUACAUAGAGGCCUAAAGCCGACAAAAUGAAAACAAUAGAAUACAUAGGCCUAAAGCCAACAAAAUGAAAUCAAUAGAAUACAUAGAGGCCUAAAGCCGACAAAAUGAAAUCAAUAGAAUACAUAGAGGCCUAAAGCCGACAAAAUGAAAACAAUAGAAUAUCCUGAUGAAAAUGCAGGUUCUCAUGAAUCGCUCUACUCAGCCUCCCUUUCCAUCUGUCUUGACUUGAGCUAUGACUCAACGUUAUCAGGACAGAGAAACCACAUACAUGCUCAUUGCUCUAUCAGCUGGACAUAAAAUAAACCGGUACAUGUUGUUUCUCACACGUGUAUCAGGUUGUGAACUCUACAAACAAAAAAAAGGUGAAUUCACCAAUUUGUAAGUCGCUCUGGAUAAGAGCGUCUGCUAAAUGACUUAAAUGUUAAUGUUAAUGUUACAAACAACGUUUUUCCACUCGUGGGAAGGAGAACGGUAAAUGACUGUAAAUGCAUGCAUUAACAGAAAUGUAACCAAAUGACGGGAUGAACGGCACAUCUACUAUGCCUACUGGUUACAUAUAUGAUGGAGAAUUGAACAAAACAAACAAUCGAAGAGCAAACAAUUCACAACAAUGAAUGUGCAGUAAUUGUCAGGAGACCACAGGGGGAGCAUUCUGGAGAGCUGAGAGCAUGCAUUCUGGAGAGCUGAGAGCAUGCAUUCUGGAGAGAGACGCCCAUAUCUUCGCGACACAUCCCUCCCCUACUUCUUGUUGCAACAUUUUUAAAUUAGUCUCGAGACGCAUUAUCUUCACACAUUUGAGAUGUUUUUCACUGACAGCCACAACUCAAUAAUCAGCCAGGUCUAUUAACAUGCGCGCUGCCCAAAUUGCUGGUUUCCCAAAUAGGAAUAGGCAAACAAUCCAUAGCUAUUUUUAUUUAACUAGUUAAGAACAAAAUCUUAUUUACAAUGACGGCCAGUGGGUUAACUGCCUUGUUCAGGGGCAGAACAACAGAUGUUUACCUUGUCAGCUCUGGGGAUUCGGUCUAGCAACUUUUCGGUUACUGGCCCAAUGCUCUAUCCCCCAGGCUACCUGCCGCUUAUGAUGCUCUGUGGCUAAGUUUAGCUCUCUGGUAAAGUAUUUAGAAUUAUUUUAUUGGGACAGGAGUAAUUGUUUAAUGUUGAUAAAAAACAUCAAUUACUUUAGAGGAAGCCAGCAUCUGAACACUGUGUUCCCGCUAACUUCCCUUUCUAAUUCGCAAGUGGCUGAAACCAGAGAUAACUAUAUAUAAUGACGAGACGUUGACGUCUCCGUUCUAACAAUGUGAGUCGUUCCAAAGGCGGGAAUGCAGGCUACACGCGUAGGUCUUGCAUAUCAUGCCCAUAGAAACGCAUUGGGUUAUUUCAGGAUUUAUUCUGGCGAGAGUGAGUCCUCUCGCUUUGCCAAAUUAUCUAUGUUGAAACUAGCGAGAGAAACAGCGCCCCUCUGUUUUCUUUCGUGUAGACCAUGUAUCUGAUAAGAUCUGGCAGGAAAAGGUACUACAUGUCAUACUCCUUUUGUCCAGACAGCAUCACAUACGGAGACAGAGGGAUGCUUUUUCGCUCGCUCGAAUGCUUUAUCUGAGAUUGAUGCGUAUUCCUGUCGGCGCGCGUCUUGGCCAAAUAAAUGUUCAGUAUUUCAAUAUUUUAUUUGGACGGGCAAGGAGGGAGGUAGGUAGGGCAGGCCAGCCCCCCUAUGUCCCGCCCAUAACACCUACCGCCCAUAAUGUUUCAGGCGCAUCGGUUAGUGUCAAGAAGUGCAACGCUGCUGGAUUUUUCAUGCACAACAGUUUCCCGUGUAUAUCAACAAUGGUCCACCACCUAAAGGACAUCCAGCCAACUUGAGAACAACUGGGGGACGUAUAGGGUGGUACUGUAGGUAGCCAAGCACUUAAGAACUUAGUAACUGAAAGGUUGCUGGUUUGAAUCCCCUAGCAGAAUAAGGGGGAAGAAUCUGCCGAUGUGCCCUUGAGCAAGGCACUUAACUCAAGUCGCUCUGGAUAAGAGCGUCUGCUAAAGUGUGAAAUGGGUCAGCAUCCCUGUAGAGUCCAUGCACAAACAUCUGAAGCUGUUCUGAGGGCACAAGGGGGAGGUGCAACUCAAUAUCAGGAAGGUGUUCCUAAUGUUUUGUCCGCUCAGUGUAUGUCAGAUGUAUUAGAACAUAAAUACACAUAGAAACAUCUCAAUGUACGGUGAAUGUAGGUCGGCCUACUGAAUGUAUGUGAACAUAGAUACACAUAGAAACAUCUCAAUGCACGGUGAAUGUAGGUCGGCCUACUGAAUGUAUGUGAACAUAGAUACACAUAGAAACAUCUCAAUGCACGGUGAAUGUAGGUCGGCCUACUGAAUGUAUGUGAACAUAAAUACACAUAGAAACAUCUCAAUGCACGGUGAAUGUAGGUCGGCCUACUGAAUGUAUGUGAACAUAGAUACACAUAGAAACAUCUCAAUGCACGGUGAAUGUAGGUCGGCCUACUGAAUGUAUGUGAACAUAGAUACACAUAGAAACAUCUCAAUGCACGGUGAAUGUAGGUCGGCCUACUGAAUGUAUGUGAACAUAGAUACAUUAAGUACUUUUCAUUUGAAUUGUUAAUGCGAAUUUUGUAAGCUAUUUGUUUUUUUGCAGUGUGUGUGCAUUGUUAUUUUGAGAUUCAAUAAACAUAGCCUUGAUGAGUACGGUGCUAGCAUGUGAA